AUAUCCUUAGGAAGGAAAGCGGAAGAGCAAUGGGAAGCGCACCCGCACAAAUUCCGACGAGCUUUGGACACGAGCUGAGGGCUUGCCUUCGUUGCCGCCUCGUCAAAACCUACGAUCAGUUUAGAGAAUCAGGAUGUGAAAACUGCCCAUUCUUUAAGAUGGAUGAUGAUCAUGAGCGCGUCGUCGAUUGCACCACUCCUAAUUUCAAUGGGAUAAUCUCUGUGAUGGACCCGACUAGAAGUUGGGCUGCUCGUUGGCUGCGAAUUGGAAGAUUCGUCCCAGGCUGUUACACACUUGCAGUUUCAGAGGCACUUCCAGAGGACUUGCAGGCAGCGGCAAAUUGGGUCAUGUUUCUGGAACUGAAAAAGGGUGACGGACACGGUAAUAAAAUUCUAGAAACUGGAAAUCACAUGGAUGAAAAUUUCAUAGCACAACAUAUUUAGUGAAAUUUGUUUUAUUGUUACUUUUGGAUCUUUCCAUUCGAAAGGUAUAGAUAUAGAAACAUCAUAAAAUGAGUUAUCUUCUUAAUAUGUUUACUAAGUUAAAAAAAAAAAAAAACAAAUAAUUUCUCACCUUAAAGUUAUUUCUUAACUCGUUUAUGAAUUUUUAAAAAACAAAUAAUUUCUCACCUUAAAUUUUUAUAAUCAAUCGAUGCGGGAUUUUCAGACAACCGUCAAUCCUGAUCAGAUUAAUGUUAAUCACACAGUCAAUUUUAUAAUCAAGAUUUUAAGUAUAUCUUGCCAUAGAUAUUUAUAAAAACAUCAUUUGUAAUAGUAUUCGCAAAAUCUUAGCUAUGAAGCCGGUGAUGUGAUUAGCAUUAAUUCGGUCUGGAUUGAUAGUUGUAUGAAAAUCCCGUUUUAACGCAUUGAUCGAGUAAAAAUAAAAGGUUUUGAUUUUCUUAUUGGAAGAUGUUAAUUUUCUGUGUAAACAACAGUACGAGGCACGAAUAGUGGUGAACAGUUCCGGCCCCACAAAAGAAAAAAAUAUAAAAAAGACAAUGGUGGAGACUGGAGAGCUACUAGAAGGCGUGGGGAGGCAAUGGUCCUUGCACGUCUCUGAAAAGCCCAUGGUCUGUUGCAUUUUCCGUGUUUCCCAAGGGUUCGACGCUUGUUUUAGCUUACCCCAAAACUUCAAUUGUUCUAUUUUUAUUUAUUUGGCUAAGACUAAAAGGGUAAGAAAGUUCUGAACUUGGACCAAACCGAAGUUAGAGGUUUUAAUUUAAUCGUAAAGAGGUGAGGUUUUAAAAUUUUGAGAUUUUAUGAUUAAGUUUUUUAUG